AGGACUUAUAUUUUGGAAAGCAUCCAUAUCAUGGCGUUUUCCCCGCACGUCCUGGGAAUCACCUCUGUUAUGAUCUUGUAGGUUUAUUCACAGGAGGAAAGAGAGAUAAAUUAAAAUGAGUAAUCCACUGAGAGGAGAAGUUAUAAGAUUGUACAAAAAUCUUCUUUAUCUUGGACGGGAAUAUCCCAAAGGCACUACAUACUUCAGGGAGCGUCUGAAAACAGCAUUCAUGAAGAACAAAGAUAUCACCGAUCCUGAGAAAAUCAAAAAGCUGGUUGACCGUGGAGACUAUGUGAUCAAAGAACUCGAGGCGCUCUACUUCCUCAGGAAAUACAGAGCGAUGAAGAAACGCUACUAUGAACCAGAGCAUUAAUCGGUGUUUCUGCCAGACUGUAUAUGUGUCAAAAGUUAAAUCAUUUGAAUGUCUGAAUGUUGAACAGAUUCAUACUUAAAUAUCUAUUUUUACUUACCUUGUUCGAUACAAUAGGCAGUUAUUUGUAAUGACAAUGAAGUAUUUCUAUGUAAGUUCAUGAUGUUCUUAGCAGGUCUUUGUGUAGACAGCUCUACAUCACAGAAAGCAAAGUUGUUUUUUCCAAAGGAUUUCUCUAGCUCCUGCACCAGGUCAAAAUUUCCUGUGUUACUAGAAACCUUUUUGUGCAAAUAAUUGACAAUGAUAAAAAAAGAUGGGAAUAGUGUGAGUAUGUCUGUCUAGUUCUACAUGUGUAUUUAUAUAUAUGCAUUAAAGAAUAUGCUCACUUUU